AUGCCUCGUCAAUCCCGCUCUUCUCGCCCUGCUCCCCGUCCUGCAGCUCCUGCAGCGACUCAGAGCCGCGGUGCGCACACUGCGGCUGCGCCCUACCCAGGUGCCGGUGCACCUCCAGCGCAUCAUGCUCCCCCAGUCCCCGCACAAACGCAGGCGGCGCCCACGCAGCAGCCUGGGAUGCUUGCACAGAUGGCUGCUACUGCCGGUUCAGUCGCCGUAGGCUCAACCAUCGGCCACGGCCUUUCGCACAUGCUGUUUGGUGGGUCGUCGUCCGCUGCGCCUGCCCCCGAAGCGGCUGCUCCGCCCGUCCAGCAGCAGGCGUACCAGGCACAAGGUGCCAGCUGUGAGAUCCAGGCUAAGGAGUUUACGAAGUGCCUGGAGAAGGCAGAUCUUCCUUCGUGUACAUGGUACCUUGAACAACUGAAGGCCUGCCAGGCGGCUGCUGCUCCCUACUAG